AAAUAUUAUCGUAACGGACACGAUUGUCGCUGAACGAACUGAAACUGCUUUGGUGCAGGUGGAGGGAUGAGUCUCUCCCCUGUGAUUGGCACAGAGGUGCCAGAAACAGCCAAUGGGGUCCUGACUUCAGCAGAGAAUGGGCCCCAUUCCUCAGUGAAAAGUCCAGGACCUGCUUUAAACAAACCCACAUGUACAGAGGAGAGAGACACAGACAAGGAUAUAAGACAGACUGACAAUGGAACUGUUGUGUCAAACAAUGAACAGACUGUGUUUAAUAAUGAACAAUCAGGUGGGAACAAUGGAGUGGCCCUACAGAUUGCAGACAUAAUCCAAAGAACGGCAGGUUUAAGUGUAAACACAGAAAGUGUAAAUGAGGCCACAGACGCAGCAGAGCUUGGUGGUGCAACUUCACAAGGAGGCCUAGAGAGGUGCAGCGAUGGAGCGGAGGAGGGGGAGGAGGAAGAGGAAGGAGAGAAGGAAAAACAGGAUGAAGAAGAAGACGAGAAGAAAUGGAGGAAUCAGCACACGUCUGGGAGGACACAGGGCCAGUUUCGGCCAUCCCACCAGUUCUCAUCCUCUGCCCCUGGUCCAAGCUCCGCCUCCUGCCCCUCCCCUCCCCUUCUGGUGCCCUCAGAGGAACCACCCUGCCCCCCUCACGUCAUGGCCGAGGUGUGGGUGAGGAAUGUGAGGGGCAUGCAGGACAGUAAGAGUCUGGAUGAGAUCAGCCAGGCCUAUGGAGGUUCAGGGGCGCGAGGAGGAGGCAGAGCAGGGCAGUCUGAAGGCAGGAGAGCCACCAUCUCCUCUGCUCUGGAGCUGGAGGGAACAGUCAGUCAUGAGGGAGACUUAACCAACUUCAUCACAAAGAACCUAGAGCAGAAGAUCAAGAUGAGCUCCAAGCCCAGCCUGGACUGCAGUGACUCGGACUGCUCAGGGCCAAUCUACCAUAGCAGCCGCUCGGGGGGCCGCAGACCUGUGGACAUCCCCCCCAUCGACCCCUCUGUGCUGGUGGACCUGCAUAGACACACACAAGAAGUGGCCCAGAGCGUGGAGGCCAUGAUGAAGAGUCUCAACGGAACCAUCCAGAAUAUGACAGCGUUGAGUGUGGGCUACAUUCAGACGUAUAGGGACUCCGUGGACAGCCUAGGAGAGUCUGUGGACAUGAGCAUCAAGGGUAUGUACACUCUGAUGGCGCGCUGUGAGGAGCUGGACAGGUCCAUGCAGCCCAUCCAUGGUUUAGCAGCUCAGAUCCGUGACAUCAAGCGCACUCUGGACGCUCUGGAGGCCAUCUGUAAGUAACUUCGCCUGCAUCGGAGGUUCCAGCCCCAGACACCACCCAUCUGAGAGGUACCAGGACUCAAAUCAAACCAACCUGAGAGGCAACCAGGCUCCUCUCCCACCAAGCGAGGAUGUGCUUGUCGUCUUAUUCUGUUUACUACAAGGAGUUUAAAGGGCCCAUAUUAUGCUAUUUUCUGAUGUAUGUUAUAAUAUCAUUUCCUCAUCAAAAACAUACCUGGAGUUGUGUUUUAUUUUAUUCACACAUGUUUAACACACAAACCCUGCACAUUCAGGCUGAAUUCUUCUGUUACAGAAAUCAUUCUGCUCCACCUUGACAUGAUGUCAUGUGGUAAUACAGGAAGUGCUCCACUGUGUUUUCAAACUGCAUACACCUUCACUAGAAUCAUUCAGAUCAUUUCAGCCUUAGAAUUGCCAAUCUCUGCUGAACUAAAGGUAAAAGGUAGUUGUUUACUUAAACUAAGGCUACAUGACAUCACGAGGUGGAACAUUUUGAGCUUUGGAGUCAUAGACAGACUAAUAAUGCAGCGUUACUCAAACAUGUGUGAAUGAAACAAAACACAUCUCCAGUAUGUUUUUAAGGAGGUAACAGCAUUAUAACAUGGCUUAAAGCUCAGAGUCAAUGUUGCGUAAUGUAGGACCUUCUAGUUCUACACCUCUACUCCUUGAUCCUAAAAUGGAAGAAUUUGCCAUCCAUUACUUGGAAAAUAUUGCACUAUGCUCUUCUUGGUUUAGAAGAGACUUGUCUGAACUCUCAAGACUUUUGCACAAAAUAUAUUUUUUAACCUUAUGCAACACGAUUUCUCUGACUGAAGUCCACAUCAAGUUUGUCUUACUGUCUUUUGUGUUAAUUUAUUCUUGGCAUGUUUCUAUGUGGCAGCCAUUUUCAUUUUAUGUUUACGUCCAAGUGACAGUGGAGCUUUUGCAGGUACUGAAUACUAGUAUUAAAUUGAGAGGCCAAUCUCAAAUGAAACAGUACAUCCUUAUAGGGCUGCAUGAUAUGAGAAAACUAUGCGAUAUUCGAUAACUGUUUUGUAUUGCGAUAAUGAUAUUAUUGCAAUAUUUUAAUAUACUUCUCAGCAAGGUCAGAUAAAUAAAAACUGUCUAUUAAAUAAAAAUAAAAACUAAUAAAUUCCCUUAAUUUUCAAACUGCAUCUAAACAAAAACUUAAUAGAGACUAAACCAAGACCAAACCAAGUCUAAUGUAGGAGUUAAUAAGGAAAAUACAAUCAAUUUCAGUAAAAUGGAAAACUUGUUGUUGGUACAAUACAUUCAUUUUCUUGCAAUUUGAAUUAUUGUGUCAACCAAUAUUGCGAGAUCGAUAUUUUCACAAUAUAUAUUGUGCAGCCCUACACCUUCCAUACAGUAUAAUUUAUUAUGGCUUAUUUUGGUUUGCAAAAUGUGGCUAUUUUUCUACGUGUAAAAUUUUAUUUGACCAGAUAUUGGCCUCAAAAAUUACAAUUUGACAAGUUUUCUGGAUUUUAAAUAUUGUUGUCAGUCAUUAAUAUUACAAAACAACAUGUUGACUGACCUGAUUUUAACCCCUAAAAUACACAUGUUUUCAUUCAUGAGUACAGCAUCUGCAUGUCCAUUUUGUUGUUACUGCCAGCAAACAUUACCAAGUCCAUAAAACCACAAUACACCACAGCUUUGGCCUGCUUUCUCCUCACACCAGUUUGAAUCUAAAAGACAUAUUUGCAUGUCAACUCUUGACUUCUGAGAAUAAUAUUGUAAUUUAAUUGUGAAUAAUAUAAAGUCCUGUAUGAUUGAUUCUCGUUGUACAUGUAAUGCAUUUGUGUAAAUAAUUAUACCUGUAACUCUGAUUUAGAUACACUUGUCUCUGUAUAUUUUAAUUAAAUUUACAAAUGUUGAAAAUUAUGUCUUUCUUACUUGGUCGUGAUUUAGUCUUUGCCCACUUUAGAUCUAGUCUAAAGGUGCGCUGUGUAACUUUACUGGUAGAGGGUUCAUCACCUGUCUCCAUGGAAAUGUUAUUUGUCCGGAAUGUUCCACAAUAUGGCAGUAUAAACUUAUAUAACUUGCAUUUAUUUAAUUACAGGAGUUUUAUACCAAAAAAAUCCCUUCAAAAACACACAUUCUUACACUGAGCGGAAUCGCCUCUCCGCAGAUUUGACCUGUAAAUUGACUUGGUGGAAUUACCUGCAAAUUUUAUUGCCAUACUGUGGGAAAUUCCAAAUAAAGCAUUAACAUCUCCAUGGGGACUAGCAGGUGACAGAUCUUCACUCAGAAAUAUUACACAGUUGUUCUGGUUUGGCCUUGGUGAAGUCCUGCAUUGUUCCUGAUUUAGUAAUUUAUUCUGUUUUUGGUUUUGUUUACUGAUUAGUCCUAGUCUACACAACUUAAUAAACAAUUG